UGAUAGCUCUGUUGCAACCUCUCUUGCACAGUUGCAGCACUGGACCCUUGGGUCGUACUGUCGUAGGGCACCUAUAUAUCUCUGUACCGCUUAAAAGGAACCUGCUACCUAGCAGGACGAGCAUGGUGAGCGGUGAGCAGUGAGCAGCAGUUACAUAUAUGUGGACUUGUGGAGAGAGGUGUCAUCUGUGAAGCCACGCACUCCAUCUCUAAGAGAUAUAGAGAGAUUGUUGGCUGAGAAGAGGAUAGAUAGCUAGAUUGAUAUAGCUAGGCAGCAGCAGCAUCUCCUCCAAAGAUUCAACACAAGAGGAAGAUCACAAGGAAGGGAUCCAAGAUGCAAGACUGGGCGCCGGUGUUCAUCUCGCUGGUGCUCUUCAUCCUGCUGUCGCCGGGCCUGCUGUUCCAGAUGCCGGGCAAGUGCCGGAUCAUUGAGUUCGGCAACUUCCAGACCAGCGCCAUCUCCAUCCUCGUCCACGCCAUCCUCUUCUUCGCCCUCGCCGCUAUCUUCCUCAUCGCCGUCGGGGUGCACAUGUACCUCGGCUCGUAGCUCCAUGGAUCCAUCGGUUACUAUUAGCUAGCCACCCACCCAGCUCGUUGAUCAUAUGCCUGCAAUUCCUGUCUGCCGAUGCAUGGUCGAUCACCUAGCAGCAGCUAGCUACUAGUAUAUUACUCUCUAAGUAUGCCCGCUCUAGUUGAGGCUUCUCUUUCUCCAUACAUGUAUUGAUCAUAAUAAUGCAAGUAUCAUCCAAUGUUUCUUUCUGUCUUCUAAUUCAUAAAUGAAUUCAGUUCUUCUGUUUUUUUUU